AUGAUGAAUUCGCUGGUCGUAAUUGCAAUGUUUGCCCUGAUUGGGUUUACAUUUACAUCAGCAUCUGUCAUAGAUCGAAGUGAUAACGAAAUACCAGAAUCAGUGGAAGUUUACAGAAGCAGUCUUGAAAGUAUGCUUCGAAACGUCUCUAAACUAAUCGCAGAGAAUGCUGACUUCGAUGAGAAUAUGGAUAUUGACAGCUUUGAUCAGGAAAAUAUGUUCGAUGAUGAACAGUUUCAAUUUUUAUCAGAAGACGCAGACGAAGAGGAGGUUGAAGAUAACAUUUCAAAUAUCGAUGAUUUACAAUCCGCAGAAGGCGUUAAAAACGGAAUACGUUGUUCAUGGCGACGAAUGGCUGGUCAGUGUUGCCAAUCUCUGAAAAUUUUCAGACGAAGAGUAUCAAUUUGUUUGGGCAUCAGAAUUUCAUCUGCAACUUCUGUUAGACUGUACCUGAGAAUCAACGGUAGAACCAUCUGGUCCAGGCAUAUGGGUAUUCGCAACAGGAGUUUUAAAAUAUGUAGAGGUCUUGGACCGGUGAAGAUCUGCUUCAAACUUUACAACUUGCACAUUUCCAGACACAAUAUUAGGAUUUGCCUCCGUGUCAGCGCAAGAAUCGCUUGGUUUCGCUUUGGACACGCUGACAACAUUCGAGUGGAGCUGAGUCCUUUGAGAGAAAUCUCCCAAGUCACCACGAUGAAAUCUAUUCUUGUAACUGCGAUGUUUGCCCUGAUCGGGUUUAGCUUAACAUCCUCGGCUUCUCUGAAUUUGGGUGAUAACGAAGUGCCAGAAUCAAUGGAAAAUUUUAAAGAAAAUUUCAAAACAUUGUUUGGCGAAAUGAUCAAACAAAUAAAAGAAAAUGCUGCCUUCGAUGAGAACACAGAUUUUGAGAAGUUUACUCAGGAAAACAAGAUGGAUGAUAACGAGGUUUCCAUUGCAGAAGAGGUCACAACUAAUGAUCUUUCGGUCGCUGAAAAAGAAAUGUCCACAGAAAAUGUUGAAGGAGGCAUGCAUUGUCACUGGAGUGGUUUGACUGCUCACUGCUGCCAAAUGGUGCCAUUUCACAUAUUGAGAUUAGCAGUCUGUGUUAAGGCCCAAAUUCAUCCAUCAACUGGUAUGCGACUUUAUCUUUACAUCAACGGACAUUAUCUUUGGCAACACUGGAUGCAAAAUCACCACCAUUAUCGCGUUUGUUUUACUGCUCGACAUUUGCGAAUAUGCUUCACAUUUACCCACGUACAUAUUUCUCGUCACUACGCCAAUAUUUUUCUGGAUCAAGGUUCUUCUUUUUUGCAGCUGGACAUCCUUAGCCUUGAUCCUUAUACCAAUUUCUUCUUUGACUUCUUGUUGCUGCAUCUUCUUCAUCCCAAUCUGCUAUACAUCAGUGUCAACUGGAAAUAUUCCUGGAACUGUUCAAUAUCCAGAUCAUCGAUGAAUUUCCUUACUUGA